AUGACUAGAAUUAGACGGGGAUAUAUAGCUCGGAGACGUAGAACAAAAAUUCGUUUAUUUGCAUCAAGCUUUCGGGGGGCCCAUUCAAGACUUACGCGAACUAUUACUCAACAAAAAAUAAAAGCUUUGGUUUCGGCUCAUCGAGAUCGGGAUAGUAAAAAGAGAAAUUUUCGUCGUUUGUGGAUCAUUCGGAUAAACGCAAUAAUUCGUGAAAGAGUAGUAGAAUGGGCACUAUCCUAUAGUUAUAGUAGAUUAAUACACGAUCUGUACAAGAGACAGCUGCUUCUUAAUCGUAAAAUACUUGCACAAAUAGCUAUAUCAAAUAGGAAUUGUCUUUAUAUGAUUUCCAAUGAGUUAUAUAAAUAUAAAGAAGUCGAAGAAUCCAGUGGAAUAAUUUAA